UCGUAGAAUCUUGUCCCACCACUCUCUCUCUCUCUCUCUCUCUCUCUCUCUCCUUCUUCUGCUUGUUCUCUGCACCUUUCACCUAUUUUCCCCCAAAUUGUACGCACCAAACUCACAUAUAGCAGGUUGCAGGAGUCACAAUGAGUCUGGCAUGUCUUGUGUGCCAUAGUGUGGAUAGUCCAUCACCAUCACACUCUUUCAGAAGUUACUCUGUCUCAAGUUCAGAAAAUGAAGGAAGAUGUUCCGCUGUUGCAACAUGCUUAACCAGGAAAUUAUCUCUUCCACCCUCUACUGUGCACUCUUUUCUAGCACCAUCAUCAACAUCCAAGGUGACCCCACAGCCUACUGUUUCCUGUAACAACUUGAUAACUGGUACCCCGCGACUUGUACGAAGUCACGCUGUAACGAGGGACCGAGUAAGAGAUUGGAAUUUUGAUGAAAUUGUAAUUGAGUCUUAGUCAAAAUAUAAGAUAGAAUAAAGACUAGGGAAUCUUCUUGUGGGGUAGUUUAGAGAAUGGUACUGCUAUUUUGCCCCUUUAAAUUUUGUUAUGGGUGCAAUUGAUCUCCUUCUCUAGUUUUCUUGUAAAAGAGUCUGAACAUUUGUAGCCAUCAUGAAAUUCUAAGGUGUGAUUCUAUUUUAA